AUGCCCAGGGAGUUGGCGGAGGCCAGCUCUGCUGGGCUGCGGCCAGAGGCUACGGCGACGGCCGCGGCGGCUGCUCCAGCGUCGGAGGAUGAGGCGGCAAAAGAGGUGCCGCCAGUGCUCAUCAAGCGCGUGGAGCUGGUGAGGGGUCACCGGCCCGUCAUCUCCUCGCAGGUGCCGGUGUACAUCGGGCUAGAGGACAGGGACGGGCGUUGCUUCGAGGACGACGGCCGGUCCCAGAAGCUGAGGUACUGCUGGACGCGCGGCCCCGUCUGCAAGCCCUGCGUGUUCCAUCCGCACAAGACGUCGCAGUUCCGGGACGUCACGAAGACCUGGCAGAACUACUGCUCGAAGGACUGCUUCCUCCGCGGCUGGUGGAACAUGCCCGAGAAUCUCUGGAACAUGCGUCCCACAGAUGUGGAGAUCCAGGAGGAGAUGAAGGACAGCUGGGUCAAGGUCGCGGACACUAAGGACUACUGCCCCAAGCAGGAGGACAUCGACCGACCGCUGCGGCUGGACGUGUUCCCCAUCCUGGACGACGGCUGCGACGCGUCGACGGGCGGAAUGUCGCUGAUCACGGGCACGGUGAUACCGACUCCCAACGAGGCUCGAACCCGUAGGAUGAUCAGCAGGGGCGCCUUUGGGCAGGAUGUCCUGCGCCAGCAGUUCAAGGUGAUGGACUGGAACGUGCUAGCGGACAUGUAUGCCACCGAGUCUCAGUACCCCUACUGCGAGAGGUGGGCGUUGUCCUGGAACUGGCGGCAGCAUCUCAUUCUGAAGGAGCUGAAGUCGACGGACGUGGACAUCAUUACGCUGCAGGAGGUGCAGAGAGACCUCUUCGACGACUGGUUCCGCCCGCAGCUGGCCGAGGCCGGCUACGAGGGCGUCUUCCAGCAGAAGAAGAGGGAGCCCUGCUUCCACCGCGGGAAGUACACGAGCGAGGGCUGCGCGACGUUCUGGAGGCAUGCUCGCUUCAGGAAGACGGACAAGCAGGUCAUCGACUAUGACAAGUUGAUGGAACAACAGCUCCAGAUGGCGCAUGCUGCGUACCCCGAGGGGAACCGACAACGCACCGCCAAAGGAAACAUCGGCCUGGCUGUUACCCUGGAGGACCUCAAUGGUUCACGUGGCCAGGUCCACGGUUCAGGCGGAGGCCCUCUUGUGUGCGUGGUGAACACCCACAUACUCGCCGACCCCGAGUUCACCGACGUGAAGAUAGUACAGUGCCACAACCUGCUACAGAGCCUGAGCACCUGCAGCGGCCUCCAGGGGAUCCCCUUAGUAGUCUGCGGCGACUUCAACUCCCUGCCCCAGUCUGCGGUCUACGAGUACAUCGUGACCGGAUGCAUCCGCCCAGAUCACAAGGAGUUGAGAUCGGGCCAGCGUGGCCUGCUGGACAGCAUCAACUUCGGGCAUCACCUGAAGCUCUCCUCGGCGUACGAGGCCUGCAGCGGCAGGGAGGCUGCAUAUACCAACUACACGGAGCUUUUCAAGGGCACCCUGGACUACAUUUUCUUCUCGUCCGACUCCUUGGGCGUGCUCGCCAUCUCCGAGGUCGACGCCGAGUCGCACCUCCGGCAGGAGACGGCCCUGCCCUCGAGCACGAGGCCUUCCGACCACCUGCCCCUGGUGGCCGCCUUCACGUUCAGGGAGGCCCCUCGGCCGGAUCCCUACGACCAUCGGCCAGGCAUGGCGGGCAUCCCGUCGGGCAUGGGCAACCCCCUUCCUGUGAACCAUCAGGCGCAUGCCGCGGCCCUGAACGGAGCGGUGUACCAGGCGUUGCAGCAGGGCCGGUUGCCGAUGGACGGCUCCCCCCCGCACAUGGGUGGCGGGGCUGGCCUGAGGUUCGUGCCGCCUGGCGCCGAGUACCCCGACGCGUGGGGCAGGGCCGGCUGGUGA